CUCAAACAGACUCCAUACGCUGAAAGAGAAGAACUCGCACAGAAGAGAGAGAGAACAAAUAUGGUAGGGGCAUUCUGGGGAACAAGAGUAAUGGAGAUAGUGAAGAAGCACGACUCGGGAGGUCUAGUGUGGAAAAGAAUAAAACUCACUACUACCCGUAAAGCCAACGCCAAGAAGCGACUCCUUAGGGUCUGGCAGAAUGAAGCUGUCUUGAGGGCGUGUGCUGAACCACCACCUUCAAUAACUAAGGCUGAUGUGGCUGGAGUUGUUGAGAAAGAUGGCGUCGACACCCAAACUUAACCUGCAAAAUGAGUGAGAAUCAUAAUCUAGGAUGUCUUUUGAUUGCAAAUUUGAAGCCAGUUUUUGUGUCUGUCUGGUAUUAUUUAUGUUUUAGUCUCUGAUUUUA